UCACCUUUUGCACAGAACAACCCUCUCUCUGUAAUUUUCUUGCAGAAUCCUCAUUGUUACUCAGACUUGUUGUGUCCCUAAUGUAAAUAUCAUUUUCCACCGUUUUCAAAAUAUCUCCUUAAACCUCAAAUGCUAUUAUUGUUCACUCUCCACACUUCUUCAUUCCUUCAACUUCAGCCUCAACCUCAACCCACUUACCAGUUUUUCCAAAUUUUCAUUCUUUUUCCCUUUCCAUGAGUUGAUGCAUCUUUUUCAAGCUAAUUAAGCUUGAAUUAGCUGGUGGGGUUUUUUAAAUUCGUCGAUAAAAAUUACAGUGUUCUGCUAUUUUUUUUUUCUUCUUCUUGUGUUUUUGUUUGCAGAUUCAGGAACUGGUGUGUGAGGUAAUAUAUUUGCUAGAUCUUCAUUUCCCUUUUUUUUUUUUUGCUUCAUGGGGUGUUUGUUUUUUGGGGCAUUGGAGCUUCUUUGUUGUUUUGUGGCUCAAAAAGUUUAUUCCUUUUGAAGGAGUUGUUUGCUUGAUGAAUCCUUGUGCUGCUUCCCCUUCAAUUCUUAAUUUCUUAUCGGCAAUCGAGAUCUGAUGGUUUUUGUUGACUUAAAGAACCACUUCCUUAUUUAAAUGGCAGUAAGUGAUUACUUAAAUCCCUGAAAGACAUGCAGUCAGCCUUGUUUCUGCUGAAAUGAAGAACUUGCAGAGCUCGGAAGAAUUACAGUCGUCGACUCAAGCUUCUCAUGAGCCCAAGAGUGAACAACCAAACAAUCACACAACUGAUGCUCCUGUUACAGACACAGGAUCAGCAUCUGCUACAAGUAAUGACAGCAAAAAAGUUUCACGGCAGGAUAUUGAAUUUGUCCAGAAUUUAAUAGAAAGAUGCCUACAGUUAUAUAUGAAUAAAGAUGAAGUGGUUAAAACAUUACUGACUCGGGCAAAGAUAGAUCCUGGAUUCACAACUCUUGUAUGGCAGAAGUUGGAAGAAGAGAAUGCCGAUUUUUUCAGGGCCUACUAUAUCAGACUAAAAUUGAAAAAGCAAAUACUAUUAUUCAAUCAUUUACUUGAGCAUCAGUAUCAUCUGAUGAAGUGUCCAAUGCCUGCAAAGGUUCCAUUGGCUCCAAUACAGAAUGGAAUCCAUCCAAUGCCUGCCAACAACCUACCUAUGGGAUAUCCAGUGCUACAGCAGCCUCCCAUGCCAGCAACAGGUCAACCUCAUAUUGACUCCAUGGGUUGUGGUAUAUCAAGUUGUCAUGUAGUUAACGGAGUCCCUGCCCCAGGAAACUUUCACCCCAUUCGGAUGAAUUCUGGGAAUGAUAUGGUGGUGGACCACAGUGCUCCUGAUAUGGCUCCUGUUAUUCCACCAAAUGGUACAAUGUCGUCUGUCUCAGAAAUGCCAGUAAGUCCGACAUCAGUAGCAUCCAGUGGUCAUUUCGCCUUCAGUGCCUCAGAAAUAUCAGGAAUGGGCGCAGACGCAUCAGCUCUUGAUACAGCAUUUACAUCUGAUGUGGUAAGUUCAGUAGGACUACAGCUUGCACCAGAUGGUGGAAAUGGAAUUUCCAGAUCGCUGGAUCAAAUUCAGUGGAAUUUUAGCUUAUCUGAUCUAACGGCUGAUUUGCCAAACUUGGGAGAUCUAGGAGCUCUGGGAAACUAUCCUGGUUCACCAUUUUUGCCAUCUGAUUCAGACAUUUUGCUAGAAUCUCCUGAUCAACAGGAUAUAGUGGAUGACUUCUUUGUUAAUUCUGAGCCCCCAUGCUCUCAAUCGGAUGAGGAGAAAUCUUGAGGUGAGGCGAGUUGCAUGUUUCACAUUAAUUGUUAGGUUAGGGAAAAAUUAGGAUUAAUAAAUGUCAUCUAGCUUACAUGGCAUACAGGUUUACUGUUACCUAAGUGUAGGCAGCAGCCUGAUUUAAUAUCAUCAGGAUGAAGAUAGAGAAUGUCAAUUGUUCCCUGUAGUAGCAAACUAGCAAUCUUUUGCAUUCUUUUAAGAAAACUAUUAUCAGGAUGAGUUGGGACAUUGUUUAGGAUGUAAUUGAUUUGAUGCAUUUGGAUUAUAUAUAUAUUGUUUGGAUCCUUGUCAGUCCAAAGGUUGGUUUCACAUUGUUUCAAAGCAUUAUAUUAUUUUCUUGA